AUGACAGGAUUUUCAAGAGAAAAGUAUAGAAAGUUAGCAAGGGGAUUCUUUGGUCGUAAUAAGAAUUGUUUGCGUACUAUGGCCCCUCGUGUUGAUAAGGCUUUGAGAUAUUCAUUCAGAGAUAGAAGAGCUAGAAGAAGAAUCUAUCGUAAAGAAUGGAUUCAAACUAUUAAUGCAGCCGUAAGAGAACACAAUACUCCUUACAAUAGAUUUAUUUGGGCUUUAAAUUAAUCCAAUAUUAUCCUUGAUAGAAAGAUACUUUCUAAUCUUGCAAUUAAUGAACCAUUCUCCUUCAAGGCUGUUUUGGAUGAAGUCAGAAUUCAAGCUUAAUUAUAAUCCAAGCCUCAUCCCCGUAUUAUUAAUCCUAUUGAAGCUUAUGCCAAAAAAUUGAUUAUUGAUGGAGCUCUCAAGCCAGUCCAAACUCAAGUUGAAGAACCUUUGCCCUAUUUAUUCGGAAAGAGAUAAAAUGUCGAAGAAAUUAAGAAAAAAUAUUAAGCUCAAGUACACAAUUGA